GUUCGUUUCAUCUUUGCACACUCUGUUCUUUUCCGGCCACAGCCUAUUAUCACAUUCCCUGUCAAUCAUUACAAACCCCUAAUUAGCGUCCUCAAAAUGAUCAUCACCUGCCCCAAGGAAGGCGAAGUCGUAGACGUCACCAAGGACUGGACUGUGUGCUGGGAAGAUCUUAUCGAGGCAACUUCUUUUGACAUCAGGCUCACCCACCUGACAUCCCCACCAGCCGAGAACGUAUUCAUCACAACCGUGACUAAUGCACCUAAAGAGGGACACAAAACCAUUCCUGGGGGCCAUAUUGAUGGUAUCGCAGGCGGUCCCGGAUACCGAGUCUGGGCUACUCGUGUUGGAACCGGGGAGCCACCUCUCGCGGAGUCCAAGACCUUCACCGUUCAGAAUUGAAUGAUAACAACGGCGUCGUCCGACUUUGACUUGGAGCAAUAGUGAUGGGAUGGUCCUCUCUCUUUUCUAGUUUUACUAAGUUUUCGCUCUUUAACUACGAAGCCCGGGCUCUGUGUGUCAGCUGAUUGCCAACCUUUCAACAAGUUGGCGUAGGUUAG